AUGCCUCGCCGAAGCUCCCUCAUUGUUCCCUUGGCUCAGCCUACCAGCACGCAUAGGAGGCGAAGUGCAAACGCUCGGCUGAUUACCUCUGUCCAAACGCCAAAGACACUUCAAACACCUGGAUCGUCGUCAAGUCAGCCAAUAUCAAUACCUUCAGAUAGCGAAAAUGAUGAAGAGGAUGAUGACGAUGAUACGAUAUCCAUUCGCCAGAAAUCAAACACUAAAAAAUCACGAAGUGAUACAUCGCAACCACGACCCAGCUCAGGAAGGACUCCGCGCUCUGGGCAGCCAACAACACCUGAACGUGCCCGGCCUGCACCUGCUAGACAUGCCGCAACUGAUCCCGGAAUCCUCCAGAGUGCCAGGCGAAGCGAAUUCAAUGGCAGUCCAAUAUCGUACCCGCGGAUAUAUUGGCCUUACUGUAAAUUUAUGGCUUACGCCUAUUCUGGGGCGAUGCGUAACCAUCAGAAGACAUGUGACGCUUGUCUGGAAAAGGAAGAGAUGUUGAAGGAAGACAAGCGCGAAGAAGAAGAAAAUCAACCAAAGGAAGAGCCUGCAGUACACACGCCGCGAGAGAGCGCGACAGAAAUGACCCAUGAUGAUGAUGAUAACACCCGCGGCGAUGAAACUGAUGAGAGAGAUUUACAAGUGAAGGAUACGAAAAAGGACAACAAGAUAUCUGCACAACUACUGCACAACCGGCUGAUUGUGUUAGCAAAGGAAAGCCUUACAAAAAAGGAGGAUAAGGGUUACAUCUACAUCUUCCGGGACCCCCAAAAGAAAGGUCUCUUAAAGAUUGGGCAUACGACGAAUGUCAACAAACGUGGGAAACAACACGAGAAAUGCGGACUGAAAUUGGACUGGGUCCAUAUCUCAGGAGGUGUAAAAUUAGUAAAACGUGCUGAACAGCUGGUCAAACUCGACAUGAAGCAUCUAUGCAGACCCUGGAAGUGCUCUAUUUGCUGCCAAAAACAUGGAGAAUGGUUCGAGAUCGAGGAAGAAAAGGCGAAGGGUAUUAUGAACCGAUGGGUCAAGUGGAUCAAUGAACGGGAUCCUUACCAGGAGGAUUUGACUCUAGACCCCAUAUGGAAGUUUCUGAUGGAUUAUGGCAGGAUGCCUCAGCGAGAGAUUGGACACAACGAUCAUGAAGCUCGGCAGCUUCACUGGAUCUGGGUCUUGUCACAGCCCACUUCCAGCGACAAGAGACGUUUCGAGGAACACAAGAACAGCAGGAGGCACGAUGACAGCGAGGCGCAAAGUACUAUCCACCAGCAUCGUGACAGCGACAAGUCAGUCCAGCAGCACGCUCCCAAGUACCAGGAGACCAUGACAGCUCCAUCGGACUCGGCAGGGAUAGGGCAUGUUAUUCGUACAUUAGCGGAUGGGGGGCAAGAUGUCAAACUCACGAUACGGAUCGAGAUUAAGGGAAACUCUUCGACUAGUCGGAUGCCACAGGGCUGA